UGCACUGAGACAGCUAAGGUGUGCCAGGACUCCUCAGAGAUGCCACUGUCUUUCUUUCAUCUAUGCUCCUUAGGGGCAAUUCUGCUGCUGCUGGUGUCAAACCUCCUUUUAUGGGAGAAUGUGGCCUCUGUGCCUUUGGGUACUAAUGACACUAAUGAUGAUAACCUAUACCUCGAAGAAUUAUUUGAUCAUGCCAGGAUACUCUUGCACAAUAUCAGUAAGCUCAACACUGAAAUGCGUAAGAUAUAUAUUGAAAGUGAGUUCUCCGAAAAAUUUCAUUAUAAAUUUCUAGCCUCAGGAUCGGAGUCAUAUGACAAAUUCAUGCUUGAGUAUUUUGUGGAUCAGGAGUUUCUGGUCAAAACUCUCACUUGCUGCCACAAUUACUCCAUCAGAACACCAAGAAACAUGGAUGAAAUCCAAAAGAUCUCUGUUCAAGAUUUCUCAAAACUGAUACUCAGUAGAGUACAGGCUUGGAAUGACACUCUUCACAACCUCCUGACCAUACUUGAGAGUACACCAGGAACACACGAUGCUGUCCUCUCAAUAGCCAGAGACAUUAGGACAAAAAAUGCAGAACUUUUUGAGGACAGCAAGAGACUACUCAACAAGACUUAUGGAAAAAUAGAGAUUGUAAAGCACGCUGUCCUGACGGGUCUUGAAGACUUCCAAUCACCUGAUGAAGAGUUUCGGCUAUUUGCUCUUUGUAAAUUAUCUUAUUGCUUACGUGAAGACAUGAAUAUGGUUAACACUUAUCUUCAGCUCUUGAGUUGUGUGAUACUUGUUAAAAGUGAAGUGUGCUUAUACCCCCAAAUUAGAGAUAACUCAGAUGUGGCCUUGAGGAUGGUUCACUGGCCUAUUUAUUGGGGUGGAAUAUUUACCGGAGAGAUGCCACUGUCUUUCUCUCAGCCGUGCUCCUGGGCACUUCUGGUGCUGCUAGUGUCAAACCUCCUUUUAUGGGAGAACGUGGCCUCUGUACCUUUGAAUUGCAAUGAGACUGAUGAACUGUACCUCACGGAACUCUUUGACCAUGCAAUGCUACUCUGCCAGAAUAUCAGUGACCUCAACAUGGAUUUGCCUAAGAUAUUUACCGUCAGUGCAUCAUCUGCAAAAGUUUCUGAUAAAUUUAUAAGUUCACCAUCAGGGUCAUCCAAUCAAAUGCUUGAGUUUCUUGGAAAUCAGGAAUUCCUGGUUAAGAAUCUCAUCUCCUGCCACAAUUAUUCCAUCAGAACACCAGAAAACAUUGAUGAAGUCCAAAAGAUCUCUCUUGAAGACUUUCCAAAACUGAUACUCAGUAGAAUGCAGGCUUGGAAUGACACUCUUCACAACCUCCUGAUCAUACUUGGAAAUAUGCCAGGAUCACACAAUGAUGUCCUAUCAUUAGCCAAAGACAUUAGGACAAAAACUGCAGAGCUUUUUGAAGACACCAAGAGUAUACUCAGCAAGAUUUAUGGAACAACAGAAAAUGUGGAUUAUACUGUCUGGUCUGGUCUUGAAGACAUUCAGUCAUCUGAUGAAGACUCUCGCUUUAUUGCCCUUUGUAAAUUAUCAUAUUGCUUGCACACUGAUUUACAAGCAGUUGACCUUUCUCUCAUGAUCCUGAGAUGUAUGGUGCUUGUUAAUAGUGACAUAUGCUCAUCCUCAAGAGUUGGAAAUUCAUGA